AUGGAGCCGGUACGAUUGCAGGACUUCGUGAGAGGCCUGGACCCUGCCUCCCUUCCGCGAGUGCUGCGGGUCUGCUCCGGAGUCUACCUGGAGGGUUCCAUCUAUGAGCUCUUUGGAAAUGAGUGCUGCCUCUCCACAGGGGACCUGAUCAAGGUCACACAUGUCCACCUCCAGAAGGUGCUGUGUGAGAACCCGGAGACGGGUCAGACCUUGGAGCUCGGCCUCAACUUCACAGGUCUCUUCAGCCCACUCACCAGCCUGCAUAGCUACAGAACCCUGGAGGAUCUCAUCUCUGCCAUGCCCCAGCCUACACAGUGGCCCAUUUUCUUCAGGUCAACUCGAAGAAUUGUCACAGAGGCCUGUGUCGUGAGGGAGGACGAGCCCCUGAGGCUCGAGGCCGUGGAAAUGAACCACGGGACCCACUAUGCCCGCUGUGUCCAGGAAUCAAAGACUCAAAAGGUCACCUUUCAUUUGCCCCUUUCCCAGAAGGGGCCCUUCUGGAGAUUUAAGCCCAGUGCCCCACAAACCCUGCUCCAAAUCCUGCAGGACCCUGCUAUGAAGGACUUUAAGUUCACCUGCCCAGAUCUACCCUGGUCCUCUGUGAUCCUGGAGCCCCAGUAUGUGCUCCAAGCCAUCAUGCACAUGCGCAGCAGCCUUGUCAAGAUCCCGUCCACCUUGGAGGUGGAAGUAGAAGAUGUCACUGUCUCCUCCCAGCACAUCCACGUCAUCAAACCGCUGCUGCUGAGCGAGAUCCUGGCCCGGGGAGGCCCCUUCCCUCUGUCCACGGAGAUCCUGCAGGUUCCUGAAGGCCUACCCAUCUUCCUCAGCCCGUGGGUGGGCUCCCUACGCAAAGGCCAGAGGCUCUGCAUCUACGGUCCAGCCUCACCCCCCUGGCAAGUGGUGGCCUCAAGCAAGAGCCGGAGGGCACCCAGAUACUUCAUACUCUCUGGGGCCUACCAGGGCAAGCUCAGGCGGAGGCCACGGGAGUUCCCCACGGCCUAUGACCUUUUGGGUGCUCUCCAGCCGGACAGGCCCCUCCGGGUGGUGGCCACAAAAGACUGUGACGGGAAUGAAGAGGAAAAUGCUGGGUUUUCUUUCCUGGGCGUGGGUGAUCGGCUGGAGGUGCUGAGGGCAGGCCAGGUCUGUGGGUCCCAGGGCCAGGACAUAGAUGUCUUAGUGUGCCAGCGGCUGAGUGAGCAGGUCCAGGAGGAAGAGGAGGAGGAAGAGGAGGUGGUGGAGGACAAAGAAGAGAUUCUGCUACCCCUCUACCUCUCGGGUGGCUUUGUGGAGGAGGUGAACGAUGGCCGACGCUACAGCCUGGCGGAUCUCACUGCGCAGUUCUCCCUGCCCUGUGAGGUUAAGGUGGUGGCCAAGGAUCCCCGUCACCUCAGUGACCCUCUGGUCUCCUUCCCCAGCCUGCGGCUGGAGGAGAAGCUCUCAGAACCCUUUUUGGUGGUAGGCCUGGACUCCCAGCCAGAAACGUGCUUUGAGAUUCCGCCCCGAUGGCUGGACCUGACAGUGAUGGAGGUAGAGGGACAGCCGGGCCAGGCGGCCAGGCCGAGUUCUGUCCUAGCAGUGGGGGAGCUGUCAGAGUCCUUUUACUACAGCCUCCGGAAGUUGCCAGCCUCUGCGAGCCAAGCCCCACCACCCAGGCCCCCAAAGAGCCAGGGUCUCUGCGAGCGGAAGCCGUGCACACAGAGUCACAUGGAGAACAAUGUGAAGCCUCAAGUUAUAGGAGUGAAGCAGUCAUGCCCACAGCCUGAACUCAAGGUGAAGAGCUUGGAAGACCUCCCCCAAAACAAAUCCAACCUGUACAGCAAGGUCUCCACCCACAAGAAAGACCCCAAGUCCAAGGCCAAGUCACAGAAUUCAGCACUGGACAUGAAACCCAAAUCCUUGAGUGUGCUUGACAUAUACCCUACCCCCGAGGCACAUGUCCUGCCUGACCCAGACAUAGAUGACCACGACUAUGAAGAAAUCUGAGCACUUUCAGAAGAGCACCUACGACUCAGGGAAGCCAUACUUCCCCGCUGCUCCCGCACAAAGGACUGGAGCGCUGGCUAACCACUGGGGGACGUAGGGCAGAGCCUCAUCUCAAGCGACUUAAGACUCAGACGGGCACAGAACCAACACUAUUCCUGCCUCUUUGGUUCCUUGCCUCUGCUUGGUCCCAGAAGGUUGCAUGUGACACCCUCUGCCUUAGAGCUUUGGUGUCCAGAGAAGCCAUUCAGGUGCUGGUCACUCCCGGGCUCAAAGAAUCAAAGGCCGCUAGCUUCGCUGUUACCUGCCUGUCAGUAAAGGGAACUUAGUCCUUGUUGCACCACUA